CCUGUAGAUAACAAAAUGAGUGAAUGGCAAUUGUGGUGUCGCUUAUGUGCUGACCGAAAUUCGGACUGUUACACUAAUGCUUUCCAUGACGAAGCUCUGAAGGCUGUCAAUCCAAAUAUGACUUUAGUCGAAGUCAUUGAAAAAUGUUUUUCAGUGAAAAUAACUCCAGAAGAUGAUUUCCCGAAGGUGCUAUGUUCCCAAUGUCUACGUUUAAUUAAAGACAUUGUUGACUUCAGUGAACGUGUUAUCAAAGCGCAGGAAAUAUACAAUGAGUUAAUAUAUAACACAAAGCAAAAUAGUCAAAUGAAUAUUGACAUGAAUGUUGAUACACUUGUGACUAAAAAAUCUGGUUUAACAACUGGCAAGCAAAGUCCUACAUGCAGCAGCAUAAUAAGUAAGGUAUCUUCUGUAAAUAUUAAAAAUGAACCAGAAGAAGAAGAGGAGCAAAGUAUUGAAAAGAUUGCAGAACUUGAAGCAGAUGAACACGUUUAUGAACCCAAUCCGGACCAAAAAGAUGGGUCAUGCUGUGAUUCGGAUCCAUUUAGUAGCAUAGAAGAUAAUGGUAAUCAAAAGGACGGAGAGAACAGAUCGAAUAUUGAUGUCAUAUUAAAUAUAGAAUGCAAUGAAUGUGCUAAAGAAUUCGAGUCUUUCGAUUCUUAUCGUGAACAUCUGAAAUUAAUGCAUGGAAAAGGAAAGUCGAGAGAUAAAUGGCAAUGCCCCAAAUGUGACAAAACUAUAACCACAACAUUUUUUUUUAAACGUCAUCUUAUAGAUAUUCACUUCGGUCAGAAAUCCCAAAAAAUAAGACAAGAAAUGUCACGCGAAUUGCUAGAUAAAGGACGGGAUAUUAAUUUAGAAAUCUCCUGCAAUGAUUGUGGGCAGCAAUUCGAAACAUUCCAUUCUUACAGAAGGCAUUUGAAAUCUGUGCACAGCAAAGGUAAAGCGCGCGAAAAAUGGGAUUGCCCGAAGUGUAAUAAAACCGUGACGACAAGUUUUAAUUUUAGAAGACAUCUUCUGAGUCACGUAGGCCAAAAAUCUGAUUCUAAGCAUAGAGAAAAAAUCCAAUUACCAGACAUUAAAGUAGACAUCAGCUGCAGAGAAUGUGCGGGUCAAUUCAACUCAUUCCAAUGCUAUCGUCAACAUUUACGGUUGGCGCAUGACAAGGGGAGGGCCCGCGAAAAUUGGUGUUGUCCGCUUUGCGACAUUACAGUGUCAACUAGCUAUAGCUUUAGACGCCACCUGAUGACCCACAUACCGGACAAAGAAAGAAGAACUCAUCCAUGCUCAUUAUGCAGUAAGAGUUUUGUUACGUAUUCAGAGUUGCGCAUUCAUCUCUUCAGACAUAAACCGCUGGAAGAACGGAAUGUGAUACCAUGUCCGCAUUGCGCCAAACGCUUUUCCACCAAUAAGUUGCUACAAACACAUAUUAAAUGCAUGCACCUUAACGAGAGACAAAAACGUGUAACGACCAAAAAAUAUCAAGAUGAAAAGCACGUCGUUUGCGAGGAAUGCGGCAUGUGCUUGCGCAAUAAAACCAAUUUAAAAAUUCAUAUGCAAAGACAUAGUGAUAAUGCACCGUUCGAAUGUGAAAUAUGCAAGAAGCGUUUUAAAAAUCCUAGACGGUUGAAGAUACAUAGUGAAAUUCAUGAUUCACAUAAACACGUUUGCACUAUUUGUGGCCAGCAAUUAAAUACUCGUAACACUUUGAAACGACAUAUGUUAGUGCAUAAUGGAAAAAAACAACAAAAAUGUGAUUAUUGUGGGCAAGGUUUUAAUCAUUCUACAAACUUGAAAAUACACUUGCUUUCUCAUACCGGUCUUAAACCAUACGCCUGCAAUUUUUGUGAUCGAACCUUCACAAAUGGAGCCAAUUGCCGUCUGCACAAAAAGAAAAUGCAUCCCGAAGAAUUGGCUGCUUUAGAAGCUGCUGGUGGAAGCAAACAUAUUGUUCAAAAAAUACCUACUUUGGAAACCUUAAAGGCUCUAUACGAAAAGUUGUUUCUGAAAAAAUUUGAUAAAAUUUUAAGAAUAAUAAAAAAACCUCUAUGUAAUGGCAAAAUGAGUGAAUGGCAAUUGUGGUGUCGCUUAUGUGCUGACCGGAAUUCGGAAUGUUACACUAGUGCUUUCCAUUGCGAAGCUCUGAAGGCUGCCAAUCCAAAUAUGAUUUUAGUCCAAUUCAUUGAAAAAUGUUUUUCGGUGAAAAUAACUCCGGAAGAUGAUUUGCCCAAAGUAGUAUGUUCCGAAUGUCUACGCCUCAUUAAUAGCAUUAUCCACUUUAGUGAACGUGUUAUUAAAGUACAGGAAAUGUUCAAUCAUUUAAUAUAUGACGCUAAACAGAGUCAACUUAAUAUUGAUGUAAAUGAUGCCAAAUUUCAGCCUGAAAAGUCUACUAUAACGGCUGGCGAGCAAAGCCCAACAUAUAGUAGAAUAUCUGAAGCAUCUAUACAUAUUAAAGAUGAGCCCGAAGGAGAAGAGGACAAAAACAUUGACGAGAUUAGAGGGCUAGUGAGAGAAGAACAUGUUUAUGAACCCAAUGCGGACCCAAAAGAUAGCUCGUGCUGUGGUUCGGAUCUGUUUAGUAGCAUGGAAGAGAAAAAAUUUAAUCACCUUCGUAACCAAAGGGAAGACAAAAACAUAGUAAUACAAGAUGUUAUAGCCAGUAUAGAAUGCAACGAAUGUGCUAAAGAAUUUGAGUCUUUUGAUUCAUAUGACGAACAUCUGAGGCUAAUACAUAGUAAAAGAAAUUCGAAAGAUCUGCAUUUCGACGAGAAACCGCACAAAAUAAAAAAUAGAAGAUCACGUGGGUUGCAAGCUAAAGCAGGAGACAUUAGCUUAAAUAUGUCGUGCAAUGAUUGUGGACAGCAGUUCGAAACAUUUCAUGCGUAUAAAGAGCAUUUGAAAUCCAUGCACGGCAAAGGUAAAGCUCGUGAAAAAUGGGAUUGCCCCCUGUGCGACGUCAUUGUGCAAAACAGUUACAGCUUUAGACGCCAUCUCAUGAGCCAUAUAUCAGAUAAAGAACAAAGAACCCAUUCGUGUUCAUUGUGCGAUAAGAGUUUCGAAACAUAUUCCGGAAUGCGUAUUCAUCUAUCCGCUCAUGAACCGCCGGGAGAACGAAAUUUGAUACCAUGCCCACAUUGUGACAAAUACUUUUCAUCAAAUGAGUUGCUGCAAGCGCAUAUCCAGUGCAUGCACGUUAACUGGAGACGAAAACGAGUAACGACAAAAAAGUUUCAAGACGAAAAGCAUUUUGUCUGUGAAGAAUGCGGCUUGUGCUUGCGCAAUAAAACCAAUUUAAAAAUUCAUAUGCAGAGACAUAGUGAUAAUGCACCGUUCGAAUGUGAAAUAUGCAAGAAGCGCUUUAAGAAUUCUAGGCGGUUGAAGAUACAUAGUGAAAUUCAUGAUUCACAAAAACACGUUUGCAACGUUUGUGGUCAAGAAUUAAAUACCCGCAACACAUUGAAACAACAUAUGCUAGUACAUACUGGUAACAAACAACACAAAUGUGAUUAUUGUGGUCAAGGUUUCCAUAGUUCAUCAACCUUGAAAAGACACUUAAUAUCCCACACCGGUCUUAAACCAUACGCCUGCAAUUUUUGUGAUCGAACUUUCACAAAUCGGACCAAUUUUCGUGUACACAAAGAGAAAAAGCAUCCUGGGGAAUUGGCUGCUUUAGAAGCUGCUGGUGUGGGCAAACAUAUUGCCCAAAAAUUACCAACCUUGGAAACCUUAAAGGCUCUUACCAAGGCAGCUAGUAAUUUAAAGCCGGUCGCAAAGCCAAGAGACUGAGUGCGUAUGUGUUGCAUCAUCAUUACCGAAGAGAGUUAGCUGAUAUACAAUGAAUAAUAUAAAGAAAUUAUUACUGAAAGUGAAUUGACAUUAAUAAUCUUAAUGAAAUCAAGGAAAUGGAUCGAAUAUUGUCACGAUUUUGUAAGUUUUAAACAAUCUUAGGCAUUAUUUUGAUGGCCCACCGAGAGGGCGAAGGACCUUAUCGAGAUUUCGGAGAGUAUAUAUUAACAUUACGAUAAAUAGGCCGAACAGCCCUGAUUUCUCGGAGAGAAUCUGAAACCAAAAAUCAAGGAAUCAAUAGCCAAACAAAAAAUUACAUAACACAUUUCUUAUUAUUUUUACGUUUUUAUUUUUUUUUUCCAAUUAUUAUUUCUAAUUAUUAUUAAAAAAAAAAGGUGUGAACCUGAAAGAAUGCGCAUACUUCGUGGGAAACAUCAGGUGAGUCUUCUUCUGAGUGAUGGUAUUGUCUUAUUGUUUUGUAAUCUAACAACAUCACACUCUAAAAAUUUUCAAAUCUAUAACAAAUUUUUCACGCAAGUUAAUUAAUUAAAAUGGAACGCAACA